AUGCCGCGAAUAUACAUAAAAAAAGAGACUAGAACAAAAGAGGUAGACGAAGAAGCAAUGAAGUCUGCGAUGAACGAUGUUUUACAUAAGACUUUAUCUAUUAGGAUGUCCGCACAAAAAUAUGGGAUCAAACCAACAACACUUCAAAGUCGCCUAAUUAACUCCCAUAAAAAAGCUGCUAACAACACUCUGUUGCGUGUGUUUAGUUCCAAGUUUACAUCAAACCAAGUGUUUACUGCCGAAGAAGAGACUCUAUUGAACAAAUACAUAGUGAAAUGUUCUAAAAUGCAUUAUGGGUUGACAAUGGUACAAGUUCGAAGACUGGCAUACGAAUAUGCUAAUGUAAAUCAACUAAAAUAUCCACCUAGCUGGAAUCAUAACAAAAUGGCUGGAAAAGAAUGGCUUGACAGUUACCGUAGACGUCAUACAAAUUUAAGUCUAAGGAAGCCUGAAAGCACCAGCGCAGCACGUUCUUUUGGAUUCAACAAGACAGCCGUUACUGAUUUCUAUGCCAACCUAGAAAAGAUUUUGAGAAAAUAUACAUUGCUUGCAGAUAGAAUUUAUAAUUUUGAUGAGUCAGGGGUGUCUACAGUAAUGACUACGCCAAAAGUGUUGACACAAAAAAACCUAAAACAAAUUGGUCAGCUUGUUUCGGCUGAAAGGGGAGAACUAGUAACAUUUAGGGGAAUUAUAUCAGCAAGUGGUAACACAAUACCACCGUUAUUUAUCUUUCCCAGAGUGCAUUUUAAGGAUCACUUUAUGGAGGGUGGUCCAGAAGGCAGCCUAGGAAUGGCUACUAAGAGUGGAUGGAUUAAUUCUAGUAUAUUUUUGGAAGUCUUAAAACACAUUAAAUUAAAAACAUGUUGCUCUAAAGAGAACCCUAUUCUGCUCCUCGUCGACAAUCAUGAAAGCCAUGUGACAAUAGAAGCAGUGGACUAUGCUCGUGGUAAUGGCAUUAUUUAUUUGUCAUUUCCUCCUCACACAACUCACCGUCUCCAGCCUUUAGAUGUGGGAGUAUUUGGACCUUUUAAGGCCAAGCUAAAGGUAGCAUUUAAUGAUUGGCAUGUGAAUAAUCCAGGAAAAAUCCUUAAUAUAUACAACAUUCCGAAACUGGUCAAAAUUGCCUAUUUUGAAUCAUUUAAUAGCAAAAAUAUUUCUAAUGCUUUUGAAAAGACUGGAAUAUGGCCAUUUAAUAAAUUAAAUUUCAGUGACGAAGAAUUUGCUGCUGUGCAAGUAUACCAUUCCGAUUCUUCAGCAGUCACAGUCACACAACAAAUCGCACCUGAAGAAAUAAUUCUUACUCAACAAAAUUUGAUAAGUGCGCUUCCUGUAUUGCCAUCUACAUCUUCUAUGGGAUUAGUAACUCCAGAAAUAGUAGAAAACAUAACAUUACCAUCUACAUUAUCUGUGGGAUUAAUAACUCCAGAAAUUAUUCGACCGUACCCUAAAGCCAACAGGAACGGACCUAAAAAAAAGAAGAAAGGAAAACUACCAGGAAAAUCAAGGAUAUAUACAGAUACUCCCGAAAAAAACAGACUGCUAGAAUUAGAAAUUACAAAAGAGAGGAAGAUACAAGAGCAAGAGAGAAAAAAAAAAGAUAAGGAAUUGAAACGUGUAUUAAAUUUGCCAAUAGACACAAAUAUAAUAACCAAACCAAAGAAACAAAAAAAAAACAAUAGAGACUGA